UACUUAGGUAAAUGUAACAACAUGCACAGGAUUUGUAUGCUAAAGACUACACAAUACUGAUGAAAGUAGUCAAAGAAGAUCUAAACAAAUAGAGACAUGCCAUAUUUAUAAGUGGAAGACUUAACACUGUAAAUCUGUCAGUUCUCCCCACAUUGAUAUACAGGUUUAACACAAUUCCUAUCAAAGUCCUAGAAAGAUUUCUUUUGUAGAUAUAAAUAAGAUUAUUCAAAAAUUUAUAGGGAAAACCAAAGAACUCAAAGAACUAAGCCAAUUUUGAAAAAGAAUAAAGUAGGAGAACUCAGUCUAUCUGCUUUCAAGACUUAUUAUAUAUCUAGAAUAAUCAAAGUUAUGUGGUAUUGGUCGAGGGGUAGACACAUAGAUCAAUGGAGCAAAAUAGAGAACCCAUAAAUAGACCCUCAUAAAUACGUCCAACAGACUUUUUUUUUUUUUUAAUACAAAGGUGUAUUGAAGGAAAGAUAGCAUUUUCAACAAAUGGUGCUAGAAUAAUUAGACAUCCAUAGGUAAAAAACAAUCAUCAGCAACAACAAACCCUUGACCUAAGCCUCACACCUUAGUUAAAAACUCAAAAUGGGGCAGCCGCCCUUCGCGCCUCUCCUCGCCGACGCCACGCUGCAGUUCCUGCUUGGAUUUACUCUUGGCAACGUGGUUGGAAUGUAUCUGGCUCAGAACUAUGACAUACCAAACCUGGCUAAAAAACCAGAAGAAAUAAAAAAGGACUUGGAUGCCAAGAAGAAACCCCCUAGCUCAUGAGGCAGACUCCAGCACUGCCUUCUGGAUAUACCGAUUCUGCUGUUCUUGAGGGCCUCCUUACCAUCUGAACCAAAAGUUUUUGUUUUAAAUUCCAGCCUCAAUAAUUUUCCUGUUAGAUCCUGCAUUGCCUGAGAGCACAGAUGGGGCCACAAGUUAAGAACCACCCUUUUCCAGCUUCCUCACCUGUCCCUUCCUCCUUCCAGCCACUUGAGACAGCCUAAGACUGGAAUUAUGGUACUAGAUUAGUAAAUGUGACCUUUAAUUACUAAAAAAAAAAAA